AUAGGUGGAAGGUCAAAGGUUACAGCCCUGUCAAUGAGUUGCUAUGAGCUGUUCGUCUUUCACUGAGAUUAGGUGCAGGAACUGUUUAAACUGGACACGAUGAGGUUCCUUCCCGGACUAAAGUAUUUGUGCAAAGAAAUUUCCUCUGUUAUUUUUAGAAAAGACUGCCUAGUAUGUGGAAGAUUAUCCGCAGGUCAAUGGAUGAGAUCAUGCUCCAGAACAUUGGAAAGCACAGAAAGCAACCAAGAUAAUAUGAUGUUAAAGCACCUAAUUUCAAAAAUAAAGUCAACAGGUCCAAUUUCAGUAGCAGAAUAUAUGAGGGAAGUUUUAACCAAUCCUGUCACAGGAUAUUAUCAACACAGGGAUGUUCUAGGACCACAAGGAGACUUCAUUACAUCACCUGAAAUUAGUCAGAUCUUUGGAGAACUACUUGGAGUGUGGUGCGUAAGCGAGUGGAUGGCUGCUGGUAAACCAAAAACAUUUCAACUCGUAGAACUUGGGCCUGGCAGGGGUACUUUAGCAAGUGAUGCUCUAAGGGUCUUCAGCCAACUUCGUUCUGUGCUGAAGGAAUCUGAGAUUUCAGUGCAUCUGGUUGAGGUUAGCCCAAAGCUUGGUGAAAUUCAAGCACAGCUUCUCACUGAAGGAGAGCAGCAUUUACUACAUGAUCCCACAGGUGCAAUUUACAAGACAGGUAUUACCAAAACAGGGCUUCCAAUCUCAUGGUACAGGGAUCUACAGGACGUACCUAAAGGUUUCAGCUUUUAUCUUGCACAUGAGUUUUUUGAUGUACUUCCAAUCCACAAGUUUCAGAAAACUAAGCAGGGAUGGCGUGAAAUACUGAUCGACAUUGAACCAAAGUCACCAGAAAAGCUUCGGUUUGUUCUAGCACCUCAUGCCACUUUGGCUUCCAAAGCAUUGAUUCAGCAGAGAGAUGAUAAAAGAGACCAUAUAGAGGUCUGCCCUGAGGCUGGUGUCAUCAUUGAGAAUCUAGCCAGUCGAAUCACUGAAGAUGGGGGAGCAGCACUAAUAGCUGACUACGGCCAUAAUGGAACAAAAACUGACACAUUUAGAGGUUUCCGUGGGCAUCAGUUACAUGACGUACUCACGGCACCUGGAACUGCAGACCUGACAGCAGAUGUUGAUUUCAGUUUCCUUCGGCAAAUGACAGAGGGUAAAGUGACCUCCUUAGGACCAAUUUCACAGCAUCAGUUUUUGAAGAACAUGGGCAUUGAUGUGAGACUUCAGGUACUACUGAGAAAUGCAUCUGAUGCAAACACACGCAAAGGCCUAAUGGAUGCCUAUAAUAUGAUAAUGAACCCUGAGAAAAUGGGCAAUCGAUUCAAAUUUUUUGCCUUGCUGCCUUAUAAUAGAUUAAUUUCAAAACAAGACACGAAGACAGUGAAAUGUAGUCCAACAGCACCACCUGUUGCAGGAUUCAGUGAACUGCAGUUGUAAAGGAGGAUACUGGUUCAAAAUGAUUUGUCAUUAACGUGGCACACCUCGAUGAAAUAAAACUACAGUAUCAUGUUGAGGCAUGGGAUCAUCAAUAUAACAUCAAAAACUGCUAACUUAUACAUAUGCCUAUGGAAAGCACAUCUUAUUACACCCAGAGAAUGAAAGGGAUGUUAAUUUACUUCAGAUUAUGUAAAUUCAAAACUCAAGAAGAAUACAUAAAUGAAAUGAUUUUC